GUAGGUCGAACACCGACGCCAGCCGAACCGCACUAGUCUUUACGCGCCAUGGCCAACGUGGAGGUACAGAGCGUCUUGGAGCGACACGCAGCGCGGAGGACGUUUCCUCUCCUGGCCCGGACCAAGGCCUGCCGGAACCUCUUCGGCCCCGUCGACCACGAGGAGCUGAACCGGGAGAUGAAGCAGAAGCUCCAGGAGAUCUCGGACGGAGAGCGCAGCCGCUGGAACUUCAACUUCGAGCAGGACUCGCCGUUGCCUGGGAAUUACGAGUGGGAGGAGGUGAGCGCGCGCUGCCUGCCGGCCUUCUACAUGGACUCGGUGCGGUGCGGCGCGAGAGCGCGGACUGCUUUGCCUCUUCUCGAUAAUAAAGUGGAGUGCGAGGGGAAAAGCGAGGAGCAGGCGCGCGAGCGUCCGGCCGGCGAGGUGAACCAGGAGAACCAGUCUGGAGCGCUGAAUGGCACGUCAGCGUGCGCGCGCAGACGGAGGAGGACAGGGUCUGUCCCAGAUUCUCCACGAAACAACAGCACUCAAAUCACAGACUUUUUCCCCAGAAGGAAAAGACCUGCAGAGCGGAAGCCUGAGAGCCCCUCACUGCCCGUUGAAGUCACUCCGCGCAAGAGAAUCAGAUGAUGUUUGUGGAAACGCAGCUCCUGUGUUUAUCUGCUGAGCGGAUGAAGGACACAGUGAGGACGACACAGCCUGCUUUCUGUUUAUUGUGAUUUGAUCUGUAAUUAUUUUCUCUCUCUCUCUCUCUCUCUCUCUCUCUCUCUCUCUCUCUCUCUCUCUCUCUCUCUCUCUCUCUCUCUCUCUCUCUCUCUCUCUCUCUCUCUCUCUCUGGUGUAUGUAGCAAUACUGGCUCUGCCAAAACGGACUCUGUUGCAGUGUUACAACCUUUUAAACGGUGCAAUUUUAAUUUCCACACUUUGUUUUUUAUUUUUUGUGAUUGAGUGUUGUGUAGGCUAGACCAUAGAAGCCUGUUUCGUUCUCCUUUUGAAUAAUAUGCUAAUUUAUGUUCUGGUUAUUUAUGAUCCAAGAUAGUUUGGUCACUUCUUUAUUUACAGUUAUUGUUUAUUUACUGCAAUAUUUUUAAUUUUAUCUUGUGUUUUAUUUAAGUUCUUGGGGGAUGUCAUGCAAAGAAUGUUUCUGAGCCGAUUGUUUAAUAUAUAAAUAUAUAUAUUCGAGCUUUGUAUUGAAAUGCAAAA